CACUUCACCAUCUAGAAAUUUCUUCAGAGCUUAGGGAUACAUCUCCCUCUCACACAGUUUCUCGACUGCAUAGCUCUGCUCCGCAACCUCAAAAUGCGCCUCCCUCGACCCCAAUGCCUCCACAACCUCGCCAACCUCCUCCCUUCCCAACUACGCUUCCUCCCCUACCCCGCGCUCCGAAUAAUUUCCCUCCUAAUCCUCACAAACCUCCUAAUCUGGGCUAUCGUCGCCAUAAUCUUACGCAAACACGCCAGCCUCUCCUCCUCCGCGCUCCUCUCCUACACCCUCGGUCUACGGCAUGCCCUAGACGCAGACCACAUCUCGGCCAUCGACCUGAUGACACGACGGCUCGUAGCCACUGGCUGCAAGCCUGUCACCGUCGGAACGUGGUUCAGUCUGGGGCAUUCCACGAUCGUGGUUAUUACCUGUAUUGUGGUAGCUGCGACGAGUGGCGCAUUGGAGAAGCGCUUUGAGGGGUUUAGGAAUGUAGGGGGCGUGAUUGGGACGGCUGUCAGUGCGGGGGUGUUGAUACUUUUGGGGUGUGCGAAUGCGUGGAUAUUGGUGAAAUUGGUGCAAAGGAUGAGGAUUGUGUUAAGGGAGGAGGUGAGUGGUGAUCGAGAAGGGGCAGGGGAGGGUGCUGUUGCGGGACUGAAUUUGGAGAGUGGAGGGAUCAUGGUGAGGGUGUUCAAGAAGUUGUUUAUGCUGAUCGACAGGCCGUGGAAGAUGUAUCCCCUUGGGGUACUGUUUGGGCUGGGGUUUGAUACCAGCAGCGAGAUUGCUGUAUUGGGGAUCGCGAGUCUCCAUGGUGCUCAAGGGACAAGUAUUUGGCUGAUUCUCAUUUUUCCUAUCUUGUUCACGGCUGGUAUGUGUCUCCUCGAUACGACAGACGGAGCGCUCAUGAUGACACUCUAUACUUCCACCUCCCUGGCAAGAGAUACGAUUGCCAUUCUAUACUAUUCCAUAGUAUUAUCGGCGAUCACUGUCUUGGUCGCCAUGGUCAUCGGAAUGAUCCAAUUAUUGUCCGUCAUCGCCAAUUACUCAAGUGGGCCGUUCUGGGAUGGUAUUGACAAAGUUGGAGAUCAUUUUGAUGUAAUUGGUGGUGGAAUUUGCGGCGCCUUUGUGGUCUUUGGUGCUGCGUCUGUGGUCUUGUAUAAGCCCUGGAGGCGAAGAUACGAUCGAAGACCUCGUGCUGGGGUUGCAGCAGCUGUAGAUUCUGUAGAGUUACAGACUACAAAUGAUAAAGAGAUGGAGGAGAAGAAGGCGGGAACGAGAUCAUCGAGAGAAGUGGUCCAAGAAGAGUAA